AUGGCCACCACAGCCUCUCCCCAAGAUCUAUCACAAGAUGAACGUUCCCCGUCAAUCGUCUGGGGACCCGCUGCUCCAGUGCCUUUGACCCUGACCUUUCGCGAACUCAUAGAUCACCACGUUGAGAUACGGGGUGGUGCGCCAGCAGUCGUCUCACAUCCUCAGGGGUUGACACUAUCAUGGCGACAACUUCGAGAUCGCAGUAUACAGCUCGCUCGAGCACUGGCAAACGAUGGUGUUAGCAAAGGUGAUCUUGUGGCUAUAUCCCUGGGAAGCAGAGUCGAGUAUUUCGAGACAUUCUUCGCAUGUACACAAUUAGGUGCUGCUUUGGUCCUGCUAAAUUAUGCCUACACAGAGUCAGAGAUGUUGGCCACGCUGAAGGCCGUCAAUCCGAAGGUCUUUGUAGCUUCACCUGGCUUCGCUCGGAUCGACAACACCAAGACACUACCGAAGAUCGCCUCCGAGAUCUCGUCAAUAAAACGAUUCGUGAUCAUGGGCGACAUAGGGAAGAAGUACCAUCUGUCUGGAGCUCUAGCAAGAUCGACAGAAUACGAAGCAUAUCUAAAGCCUUUCUCAGCAACAGCAGCAGCUCUACCUAAAGUCUCUAUCUCGCCACACGAUAUGGUCAACGUCCAGUUCACCUCAGGCAGUACUGGUCUCCCGAAAUCAGUAUCACUCUCACACUACAACAUCAUGAACUGCGGCAGAUACAUCUGGCAGCAAACACGGAUGCAAGCAGAAGAUAUGAUAUGUCUUCCAGUACCACUGUUCCACUCCUUCGGCAUGAUUGUGGGUAUCAGCUCAAGCACCGUCGCUGGGUCGUGCUUAGUGUUACCGAGCGAGACCUACAACGCAAAAGCAACCCUGCGUGCUAUUGAGAGCUACAAGUGUACGGCAAUAUACGGCGUCCCUACAAUGUUCGUAAAUGAGAUGGCAGAGAAGGAGUUCGACUCGAUUGAUCGGUCGACGAUCAAGUUUGGCAUCAUUGCUGGCGCGGCCAUGCCUCCAGAUCUUCUACGACGAAUCACUACGGUCUUCCCAGUUCCCAGGCUAUACACUUGUUGGGGAAUGACGGAGCUUAGCUCGUUCGUGUCUAUGAUGCAUGAGACGGAUCCUUACGAAAAGCGAAUCAAGACUGCCGGUAGACUAUUUCCACACUUUGUUGCGAAGAUCGUAGAGCCAAACUCGGGCAAAGUCCUACCCUGGGGUGAGAAAGGCGAGAUAGUGGUCAGUGGCUACGGACAGAUGGCAGAGUACAUACACAACAAAGCCAAGACAGAAGAGGCGCUAAAAUACCACCAAGAAGAUCUCGAGUAUGAUGGUGUGGGUGCGCUAGGCGAUGGCAGUCUUAGGAGAUGGAUGCACACGGGCGACGAAGGCUUUUUAGAUUCGGAAGGCUACUUCAUCAUUUCUGGCCGGAUCAAGGAUCUAGUAAUACGUGGAGGAGAGAACAUUGCACCCAUGGAGAUUGAGGAUCGACUUGUGGAGCACGAGGCUGUGAAACAAGCUUCUAUUGUUGGAGUACCGGACGACAAAUAUGGUGAAGAGCUUGGUGCUUACCUUGAGCUACGAGACGGCCAUUCGCGCCCCAGCGAUGAUGAAUUGAGAGCGUUCGUACGCGAGAAGCUAGCGAGGUUUAAGGCACCCAGGUACUUCUUCUGGUUAGGGCGUGAUGAUGGCAAGGUGCCGGCGGAGUGGCCUCAGACGGCUUCAGGGAAGAUCUCGAAAUCAGAUCUGAGGAAAAUUGUCGAGAAGUUGAUAUAG